CAAACCCGGAAACAGUGACGUUUCCAAGCUAGCAGCUUUUGUGUAUCAGGAAGAAGAUAAUGUUUUCCAAUUAAUUAUUGUAAAAAAGUCGUCUUAUUAAGAGCAGACAGCUAAGCUACACUAAUAUCAGUUACUUUUGGUUUUCAGCCAGCUGUUGUCGGUUUUGUCAAGCCAGCUGGACGCAUUUCAUCUUGUUUUUAAUUUGUGCAUUUGUCAGCUGGCCGACGGACAGUAUGGACGGUGAGGCGGACGGCUUGGUGGUGGAUGAGUCCGGGAGGAAGCGGAGGGUGCACGGCAUGCUGAAGCUCUACUACGGCUUGAACGAGGAAGGAAAGGCCGCGGAGCAGGCGGAGUCCCUGGAUCCCUGCGACAUCAACGGGCCGCAUUUUGACCCCGAGCAUUUCCUCAACAAGCUGAGAAGGGAGUGCUCUCUCGCGGAGUUGAUGGACCAGGAGACCUGCAUGGUCAAGCAGAUCCGCUCUUUGGACAGUGACAUGCAGACGCUGGUGUAUGAAAACUACAACAAGUUCAUAUCUGCCACAGACACCAUAAGAAAGAUGAAGAAUGAUUUCAAAAAGAUGGAGGAUGAAAUGGAUUGCCUGUCUGCUAACAUGGCAGCAAUCACUGAGUUCAGUGCUCGGAUCAGCGGUACUCUUCAAGACCAACAUGCACAGAUUACAAAACUCUCAGGGGUUCACACUCUGCUAAGGAAGCUGCAGUUUCUCUUUGAACUGCCUGCUCGAUUAAACAAGUGUCUGGAGCUGCAGGCCUACGCUCAGGCAGUCAGAUCACACCGCCGCGCCCGCUGUGUGCUACAGCAGUACAGCCACCUGCCCUCCUUCAAGGGAAUACAGGACGACUGUCAUGCUAUCAUGGACAAGCUGGCGCAGGAGCUUCGGCAGAAGUUCAGGGAUGGUGGGUCAAGUGCAAAAGAUUUAUCAGAGUGUGUGGAGCUGCUGCUACAGUUGGACGAGCCAGCGGAGGAGCUUUGUGAUAAAUUCCUGAGCCAUGCACGGUCUCGACUUGAGUCGGACCUCCAGGGUCUGGAAGCAGAGAUAAGACCGUACCCGUGUGCCUCAGCCGUGAAAGAUGCAUCUGCACGCAGGUUGUCAUCUACUGCAGCCGCUGGAUCUCCCACUGAUAACUCCCCUACAGCGAGCACUAUCCCGUCUCCCUCCUCAAACACUGACAUCCUGGAAUUCAUUGACCAAGGCUGCAAUGAAUUUGUCAGCAGCUUGUGUUUAGUAAUAACCUCUUAUCAAGAACUAUUUAUCAACCAUGCUCAGAAAGGUGAGCUAGCAUCUAAAAAUAUUCCUCAGAUGGCAAACGGUAAAUUGCAAGCCUUUGUGGAUGAUCUGGCUGCUCGGUAUUUCUCGCUGGUGGAGCGGAGGAUACAAGAGGAGAAAGGGGUCGGGGAUAACUCCCUCCUGGUCCGAGCACUCGACCGUUUCCACCGCAGACUUCAGGCUGUGACCAAACUGCUGCCAGGCUCUGCCGUGCCAAACCAGGGGACUGAGAUUGUGAUACGGGCAGCGACAGAGCGAGUCAAGCAGUACCUCGCUGCCCUGCAGAGCUUCUACAUGGACAGCUUGACGGACGUGAGGCAGGCCCUGGCCACACCUCGGCUCUCUGUGGCCAGCGCUUCAGUGGCUGGAGGCGGAGCUCUUCUAGGGGGGGCGGCCUCCGGCAGAGAUGCUCCGACCAGCCUGCCAGAGCUGCUCUCCUCCCUGUCAGCCUCCAUUCUCAAUCAGAUCAAGUCCGUGCUGGCAUCAGUGCAUCUCUUCACAGCGAAGGACAUUACGUUCUCCAACAAGCCGUACUUCAAGGGUGAAUUCUGCAGCCAGGGUGUACGAGAGAGCCUGGUGGUGAGCUUUAUAAAGUUUGUGUGCCAGUCUUCUCGCCAGUUUUGUGAGAGUGCAGGGGACAAGGGAGGUUCCACCCCUCCGGCCCUUCUGCUGCUGCUGUCUCGUCUCUGCUUAGACUAUGAAACCUCUACCAUCUCCUACAUACUCACUCUCACAGAUGAACAGUUCCUUGUGCAGCACCACAGUCCUGUAACACCUGUCACCACGUUAUGCACAGAAGCCAGGGAGGCUGCACAGAAACUACUGAACCAUUAUGUAAAGGUUCAGGGCCUGAUCAUCUCCCAAAUGUUAAGGAAGAGUGUCGAAACAAGAGACUGGGUAAACACCAUCGAGCCACGAAAUGUCCGUGCUGUGAUGAAACGAGUGGUAGAGGACACCACCUCCAUUGAUGUGCAGGUUGGUCUUUUGUAUGAAGAAGGUGUGAGGAAAGCACACAGCAGUGACUCCAGCAAAAGAACUUUCUCAGUCUACAGCAGCUCGAGGCAGCAAGCCCGCUAUGCUGCCAGCUACACUCCAAGUGCUCCCAUGGAUACCAAUCUGCUGAGCAACAUACACAAGCUGUUUUCUGAGAGGAUUGACAUUUUCAGCUCCGUGGAGUUCAACAAGGUCUCCGUAAUGACCGGAAUCAUCAAAAUCAGUUUAAAGACAUUCCUGGAGUGUGUCCGCCUGCGCACCUUCGGCCGUUACGGGCUGCAGCAGAUCCAGGUGGACUGCCACUACCUGCAGAUGUACCUGUGGCGGUUCGUCUCUGAUGAGAACCUCGUGCACUUCUUGCUUGAUGAGAUAGUGGGGAGCUCCGCCCACCGCUGCCUGGAUCCCGCCCCGAUGGAGCAGAGUGUGAUCGAAGUCAUCUGUGAACGAGGUUAAAGCUCAAAGUGCAGCAGAGUCACAAACACAGACAUAACUGCAAUGUACACUGGGGUUGUGUAUCCAGGUUUAAACACUUUCUUUUACAUAAUUACUGUUAAAUGUUUAAUUUAUUGAUCCAGGCUCAAAUUAUACUGUUAAAUGGCACAAUGAUAGCACUAUUACUGCUUUAAAAAAUAUCAACAAAUCACUAAAGAAAAUCAAACAUUUUGUUCUUAUGUUGUCAAGAUGUCCUUGACUGACCUAAAUUUGGGACCCAUCAGCAUCCCAGGCACUUGCCAUACAAAGUGCACAUAAGCCUCUAGUACUUGAGCUUAAUAUAUCAAUUAUCUUUUUCGGACCAUAGAAUAUGAGAAGAGAAACCCUCUUAUCUCUAGCAUCAAAAAUAGAAGAAAAAUGAAUUAUCCAUGAUACAAGCAAACAUUUAGCCUAUGUUCCCCUUUGAAGGAAACUUAUUUUAUAUGAAUACAGAAAAGUUGUGCCCUGCAGAAAUCUCAUGUUAACUUUUUUUUUUUUGCUGACUAAUUUGGAAUCUGAAUGUAACUGAUUAUGUAACCCAUGUCUAACACUAAAGUAACUACAGCAGACUUACUGUAACUCUUGCCUUCUGGUUAGUGGAUUGUCUGUUUUCUGUGCAUGUCUUCCACAGAUAAACCAUACGUUUAGGAAUGUGUAUGUCUACAAUAAAAGUGUACCAAUGUAUGAUUCAAAA